AUGGCUUCUAAUUAUGUUUUUAACAGUGUUGAACCACCAGUUAUUAAAGCUCGGCUCAAAUUUGAAAAAGAUCAAAAACAAGAAAAUGAAAUUGCUUCUCUACUUACUGAUUCUGUACAGCAACUUCAUCAAAUUCUUACUAAACUUGAACAAUAUUCUGCACUUAAAGACAACAAACAAUUUCUUGCUGGUGAUAAUAUAACAUGGGCAGAUUUUUUUUGCUAUCCACCUUUAGCUGAUCUUCGUGCUAUUAAUGAAGGAAAAUGUAUUCAAGGAGAAUCGGCACAAUUUACCAAAUUAGCUGCAUGGAUGAAUCGAAUGGAAACUAUAGAAAGUGUAAAGAAAACAAUGAAAGAUACUUUACAAGAUGGUUGGAGACCACCAUUUCUAAGACUUUAA